UUUUUAACUGAUUAGGUGUUAUUUGUGCUCGCAUAUAUUAGUCCAGUUUUUACAAAAAUGAAUUUUAAAAUAUCGAUGUUGUUAAUCAUGUUGGUCGUCUUUGCAGUUGUUUGCUACUGCAAUGCUGAAGAUUGUGUUCCUGAUACACACUGGAAGGAAGACUGCAAUACUUGCUUCUGUACGCCAACAGGCUUAAGAGCAUGUACGAAAGUUGGAUGCGUUACACCCCCGCCCAACUGGCAAGGUUGAAUUGAAUUAUUUGAAAUUUUAAAAUUCCAUCAAUAAAACAAUAAAACGAUUUAAAAAUGUCUAAACUAAA